GACCAGACUAGAGCGCCGUUUCGUCCUCUCUGUGGUUCCACCCGUGGCUUCCGGUUCCGGGGAGGGGCCGAGUUUUCUUCGAAGAUUAGGGGUUCCGUGUUACAGACAGGAUGGCUGUGGUGUCGCUGCUGUUGUUCGGGGGUUUGUGGAGUGCUGUGGGAUCGUCCAAUCUGGCUGUCGUUACAUGCGGUUCUGUGGUGAAGCUGCUCAAUACGCGCCACAACGUGCGACUGCACUCACACGACGUGCGCUACGGGUCAGGUAGUGGGCAGCAGUCAGUGACAGGUGUAACCUCUGUGGAUGACAGCAAUAGUUACUGGAGGAUACGGGGGAAGACGGCCACAGUGUGUGAGAGGGGAACCCCCAUCAGAUGUGGUCAGCCCAUCCGGCUGACACAUGUCAACACCGGCCGAAACCUCCACAGUCACCACUUCACCUCACCUCUUUCUGGAAACCAGGAAGUGAGUGCUUUUGGUGAGGAAGGUGAAGGCGAUUAUCUGGAUGACUGGACAGUGCUCUGUAAUGGGCCCUACUGGGUGAGGGAUGGUGAGGUGCGGUUCAAGCAUUCUUCCACUGAGGUUCUGCUGUCUGUCACAGGAGAACAAUAUGGUCGACCCAUCAGUGGGCAAAAAGAGGUGCAUGGCAUGGCCCAGCCAAGCCAGAACAAUUACUGGAAAGCCAUGGAAGGCAUCUUCAUGAAGCCCAGUGAGUUGUUGAAGGCAGAAGGCCACCACACAGAGCUAUGAGUCUGGAGGCUGAGAGCCACUGUCACCACACAGUGUUCAUAGACAUCUGCUCCUUCACCCUUUGGAUCCCUGCCACAGGUGACCAUGCCACCACUGAGAUGAAGAUGCAUGAUAGGAAACAGUGGCUGUGUUUGGAAGCCUCAGCCCUUCACACUUGAAUUGGUUGUUCUCCCAGACUUGGGUCAGUUAUUUCUGAGUACAAGACUUGGUGGUGAAGGAGCAGAUGCUUUUUAUUCAUAUUAAUAAAACAAAAACUGAGGGAGGCAUCCCUCCUAGCUGGGAAAUUUUUAUUCCUCAGAAUCUUGGCAUCGUGGAUAAUUAAUGUGUGUGACUUUUCUCCCACUUUCUUUCUCCAGAAUGAUAAAAAAAUUUCACUGUUA